AUGCCGUUUGGCUGCGUGACACUGGGAGACAAGAAAGAUUAUAACCAGCCGUCCGAGGUGACCGACAGAUAUGACCUGGGCCAGGUCAUCAAAACGGAGGAGUUCUGUGAAAUAUUCCGGGCCAAGGAGAAGACCACAGGGAAGCUCUACACCUGCAAGAAGUUUCUGAAGCGGGACGGGCGGAAAGUGCGGAAAGCAGCCAAAAACGAGAUCAUCAUCCUCAAAAUGGUGAAACACCCCAAUAUCCUGCAGCUGGUGGACGUCUACAUCACCCGCAAGGAGUAUUUCAUCUUCCUGGAGCUGGCCACUGGCCGGGAGGUCUUCGACUGGAUCCUGGACCAGGGUUACUACUCGGAGAGGGACACCAGCAACGUCAUCCGGCAGGUCCUGGAGGCCGUUGCCUACCUGCACUCACUCAAGAUCGUCCACAGGAACCUCAAGCUGGAGAACCUGGUGUACUAUAACCGCCUGAAGAACUCCAAGAUCGUCAUCAGCGACUUCCACCUGGCCAAGCUGGAGAAUGGGCUCAUCAAGGAGCCCUGCGGCACCCCCGAGUACCUGGCUCCGGAGGUGGGGGGUCGGCAGCGGUCCGGGCGGCCGGUGGACUGCUGGGCCAUUGGCGUCAUCAUGUACAUCCUCCUCUCGGGAAACCCCCCCUUCUAUGAGGAGGCAGACGAGGAAGAUUAUGAGAACCAUGACAAGAACCUCUUCCGCAAAAUCCUGGCUGGGGACUACGAGUUUGACCCGCCAUACUGGGAUGACAUCUCACAGGCGGGUGAGCCCUAUGCCGGGAGGGGGACAUGGGGUCCCAUGUUGUAUGUGUCCCCUGGCGCUGACUUCUCCCCUCGUGCCCCCAGCCAAGGAGCUGCCGCCUCUGACAAGAACAUCAAGGACGGUGUCUGUGCCCAGAUUGAGAAGAACUUCGCCCGGGCCAAGUGGAAGGAGUUGCAUCCUGCUGUCUCCUGGCAAGCUAGGGGGUGGCCCCUGGGAGCAGCACUCCUGGAUUUUUAAGAAUUCACUGUAUGUUUUGUUUUCCUUUCCAGUCUCAUCCAGUGGUUUGACACAGCACCGAGCCGGACUUGCCCGCAGUGCAGAAUCCAGGUCAGCAAAAGACAUAUCAUCAAUAAGCUGUUUUUUGAUGUUGCCCUGGAGGAGCAGACAGCACCGGAUGCAGAGACCUUGCAGAAUGAACUGGACAAGGUGAAGGCUCAGCUCUCCAUGGAAGAGAAAGAAAAGCGGGAAUGCCAGGCCAUUGUUGAUGAGCUGAGGGACACUCUGGAUGUGCGCAAUGCCACAAUAGAGUCACUCCAGAAAGUGCUGGGAGAGACAGAGAUGCUGUGCUCCUCUCUCAAGAAGCAGAUGAAAUUCCUGGAGCAGCAGCAGGAGGAUAACAGAAGUUCAAAGGAGGAGGCCCGCCGUCUGCGAAACAAGCUGAGAAGCAUGGAGCGGAUUGAGCUGUUGCUUCAGAGCCAGCGCCCCGAAGUGGAGGAGAUGAUCAGAGAGAUGGGAGUUGGGCAGGCAGCGGUGGAACAGCUUGCAAUCUACUGUGUCUCACUGAAAAAGGAAUAUGAAAACUUGAAGGAGGCUUGGAAGAUCUCUAGUGAGAUGACAGAGAAGCUGAAGAAGGAGCUGUUUUCUGUCAAUAACAAGCUGCAGAAAACAGUUUCAGAGUUGGAGAAGACAAAGGAGGAGUUAAAAAGCACCCAGAAGGAUCUGAAGAAUGCAGACAAGGAGAUCUUGAGUUUGAAGAAGAAGAUAGACAUCCUGCAGGAUACUCUGAAAGUCCCAUCAGUAACCAGGGAGACACUCAGUCGACUGGUCUUUGAAAGCCCCACUCCUGUUGAACUGCGGCACCCGAAGCUCCACUGCCCAGCCCACAGCGAUGAGAUCAAUCUAGAUGCUACUUUUGAUGUGGACACCCCUGAACAUCAGCCCUGCAGACCUCUCUUCAGCCCUGCAAAAAGGCAGAAGCUGGAUAAAAAGCUGCCUCCUGUGGUAAAUCUGGCGAAGAAAGUUCUGAAGGAGACGGUGGAGAACUGCACAGAUGAUCUGGAGGAUGAUGCUCUUAAAGGACUCCUGCCAGCAUUCAUCAGGAACUCUGUUCUCUCCAAGAAGCCAUCUUCGGGUAGCUUGUUGGGUUCCCACAAGAACAUGGGCACUGUGAGGAUGGGAUACGAUGGCUUGGGAGGCAGAACAAAGUUCAUACAGCCUACAAACCUGGCAGAGAUCCAUCCCUUAGCAGUGAGGAGCAAGAAAAAGAAUGUCACCAGGCCAGCAUCUGCAGCUCCCUCCAUGGGUUCCUCCAGCAGCAGCCAAGCCAGGCUGGACAGUUUCCUGCAGUGAGAGCCCCUGCCUUCCCGGGGAGCAGCUGGGCAGGGCGUGCUUGCCCGGAGCCUGGCACAAAGCAAUGUGCAACCACUGCUGUGCAGGGGACUACUGUUUGCAAAGUACCCAUGCUGCGUUGUGGUUGAGACCAGCUGCCCUGGGGAGAAUCCUGGCCUUGCAGUGAGCCGACAGGAGACCAAGCCUCUGGCUAAUGCUUGGACUGAUUUACACAUACACACACCCACACCCAUUUUACCCCUCCUUCCUCCUAAUUUAAUGCAGAGUAAACAGGGUUUUCUCAUCUUCUGGCCUGCUUGGAGCUCUGCAGUUGAUGCUGCUGUUGGGUGCUCUGACAUAAAGGUGGAACCACUCUUGGAUACAGCCACAAGCCAGAGACACGGGAAGUGUGUCUGGGAUGUCAGUAUGGAGCGAGA